AUGGCAAAUAUCCCCCUCAUGCUCUUCAUUUGUCUUCUGGGAACUUGUCUUGGUACCGAAAAUACAGUCUUCAUCGAGAACAAAGAGGCGAGCUCAGUUCUGCAGAGGCAAAAGCGAGCCAAUUCGAACAGACUGGAAGAGGUUAUUCCUGGGAACCUCGAGAGAGAAUGCAUAGAAGAAAAAUGCAGCUUUGAAGAAGCCCGAGAAGUGUUUGAAAACACAGAGAAAACAAUGGAGUUUUGGAAAACAUACAUUGAUGGAGAUCAGUGUGACCCCAAUCCAUGCAAAAACGGAGCCGUUUGCAAGGACGCAGUAAGUUCCUACGUGUGCUGGUGCCCAGCUGGGUAUGAAGGCAGAAACUGUGAGAUAGACUUCACUUGUGCCAUUAAAAAUGGAGGCUGCAAGCACUUUUGCAGGCAUGACCCACCACAGAAAGUUGUGUGUUCCUGUGCCGCUGGCUAUAGACUUCAUGAAGAUGGAAAGUCCUGUGAACCUACAGUGCCAUAUCCCUGUGGGAGGAUCACGGCUCCCGAAGUGAAGAGCAAGCUCACCCGAGCCAUAAACACCUUCGAGCACUGGAACAUCACCACCGAUGACCAGGAUGAUGCAGAUGACGAGGUGCUCGACAACACCACAGAAACCAGCACUGCUGCCACCACGAAAAUCACACCAAUAAUUAAGACGGGCACCAGAGUUGUUGGUGGAACAGACAGCAUGAGAGGCGAGGUGCCUUGGCAGGUUCACCUGGUGAACAGCGAUAACGUGGGCUUCUGCGGCGCAUCCAUCAUCAAUGAGAAAUGGGUAGUGACAGCAGCACACUGCUUGAAGUCAGGCGUCAGCAUCACUGCCGUGGCAGGUGAAUACAACACCAACGAGGAUGACAACACGGAGCAGCGGCGUAAGGUGGUGAAAGUCAUUCCCCAUCCCACGUACAAUGCCACGAUCAAUGAGCACCACAACGACAUUGCCCUCCUGGAGCUGGACCAGCCGCUCAACUUCAACAGCUACGUCACCCCCAUCUGCAUCGGCAGCCGGGAGUUCACCAAUGCCCUGCUGAAGCACGGGAUGGGGACGGUGAGCGGCUGGGGCAGCACGCUCUUCCGUGGCCGGCCAGCCACCAUCCUCCAGAUCCUCAAGGUGCCCUUCGUUGACCGGCCAACCUGCCUUAAGAGCACCUCCACCACCAUCCUGCAGAACAUGUUCUGCGCGGGUUUCCCAGCCGGGGGCAGUGACACCUGCGGGGGGGACAGCGGAGGUCCCUACACCACCGAGAUUGAGGGCACCUGGUUUCUGACCGGGAUCACCAGCUGGGGUGAGGAAUGUGCCAAGCCAGGUAAAUAUGGCAUCUACACCAGGGUCUCCAAGUACCUGAAGUGGAUAAAGGAAACCACGAGGCUUACCUAA